AUGAAAACAUCAGCUGUCGACGCGAAUAUUAGAUCCCUCAAUCGGACAUGGCUCUGUGAGGUUACGCAGGUCCUGAUCGACCAUUACCAAACCACACUUCAAGAGAAGCUGACCACCAUUCGUACCAAGUCUUUAUCAUCACCUGCCGUCGACCGCAUCGUUUCUCAUGCCCUGUCCUGGGCCCGUCGCUCCUAUGGGAAACGUUUCACUCAAGCUGUAAUCUCCAAAGUCUACCAAACAAUCAACGAAACAAAAACCAGAGUAACCAUAUCUCUACCAACUGAAAUGGACACUACACCUGCACCAUCUAGAGCCACCACGCUGCCGAACCAAACCCCUAAACGAGCCCGAAGUUCACCUACCCCCAGUCCAGCAGACAUAGGUAAACGCUCUCGUAGAGAGGGCACACCCCUUCUCUUUUCACUUUCAGACUCGUCUUCCCCUUCCACACCAUCUGAAUCUUCACCACGUGAUCCAGGAUCCGCCAACUUUUCUUCCUUCUGUGCGUUUUUGGACCAGCAAACCACCCCUCAGUCUCCAUCCAAGUCGAGACGUGUAUCCAGACCUUCCCCUCCUCGAACCAGAUCCCAGUCCGUUCCCAAUGCUACAAUUCUAACAACUACCAAACCAGUACCAAUCACACCGUCGACGACCAUUAUAUCCGCUACCAAACCGUAUUAUCACCAAACCAAGGACAAAUCAUUAUGGAAACUACCUGCUCUAAAGAAAUCAACCUUAAUAAUUGGAUCAUCUAACCUGAAUCGAAUUACCAAAACCAGUUCAGACACCGAAAUACAUUCUUACCCCGGUGCCCAAAUCCAUCACAUACAGUCAAUCCUGGAAUCAUACGACCAUGAUCCCAAACCUACUACCAUUAUUCUUCAUUUUCAACAGCUUGAUCCAUUUUUCCUUCGGUAUUGUGAUAACUGA